GUGUUCUGAUUAUUAUCCAGGAAGCAACAAGAAAUAGCUUAUGGUUUGGAAGUGACAGUGAGGAAAAUAGAGAAUAAAGUGACCCCUGGGUAAGAGGAGUAGGUGGUUGGGCAGAUAAGAAUCCCCAUGGAGCAUAUGGAAGCCAGUUGGCUUCAGUGAUGUGAUGCUUGGACAGCUGCUGGACCCAUGUCGGGGUCUCCACAUGUCACUGCCUUUGAAGAGAGGCAGGUUAGACGGUCUCUGAGGACACUCUGUUCCUUGGUGCCCAGACUCUUCAGAACAAUUAUCUAAGACUCUCUGCCACUUGAAUCUUAUUUCCUUUCUAUUCAUCCUGUGCUCUCUGCCUUUGUGUGUCUGUCUCCCUUCUGUCUUCUAGUUGUUCUCUUAGAAUCUCAGACCUUUAGGAAUAGAAAGACCCAAGAGAAACCAUCGAGCCCAGGGUUCUCUAGCUCUGGCUUGGGCAUUUUUAAGAGCCCCCAAGUGACUCUAAUGUGAAGCCGGGGUUGAAACACUGAUCUAGUUCAGUCUCUUUAUAGAUGAGAAAAAAAUAGACUCAGAAGUUAAAUGAUUUGGGCACUUUUUUCUACUUUUUUCCUCUGCAAACUUUCCAACACAUGUUUCUUCGUGGAUUUUCCCCCACUAUUGACACAUAGCCAAGGGAUGCCAAGCAGCUUAUCUUAGGUGAAGUAGAUUCAGGAUUUACCUGGUUAAUGCAGUGCCAGGUUUUGAAGGGCCUAUCAUUCUGUUUGAUUUGGGGUGACAUAUCAGGUGAGUCAUGUGCUAAGUUCUCUUCCCAGCUGUCUGUGAGAUGUGUGGUAUCGUGGGUACAAGGGAAGCCUUCUUCUCCAAGACCAAGAGGUUCUGCAGCGUCUCCUGUUCCAGGAGCUACUCCUCCAACUCCAAGAAAGCCAGUAUCUUGGCUAGAUUACAGGUUCCUGGAGCUGCAUUCACUUCAUUCCCCACUCCGGGGAGGUUCAGGAAAACCACCUACCAAGAAAGCCAAAGUCCUGCAUAAAGCAGCCUGGUCUGCCAAAAUUGGAGCCUUUCUCCACUCCCAAGGGACAGGACAGCUAGCAGAUGGGACACCAACAGGGCAAGACGGCCAGACAUUUCCUUCUGAUUGUUUACUCCUGAGAGUCUGGCAGCCUUUGGAGAAGGUCCUGAUGGCCACUCGGGCAGCGCUGGUCUUGGGGUUCGACUGGGGGAAGUUCCUGAAGGAUCACAGCUACAAGGCUGCUCCUGUCAGCUGUUUCAAGCACGUCCCACUCUAUGACCAGUGGGAGGAUGUGAUGAAGGGGAUGAAGGUGGAGGUGCUCAACAGUGACGCUGUGCUCCCCAGCCGGGUGUACUGGAUCGCCUCUGUCAUCCAGGCCGCAGGGUACCGAGUACUGCUUCGGUACGAGGGCUUUGAAAAUGAUGGCAGCCACGACUUCUGGUGCAACCUGGGCACCGUGGAUGUCCACCCCAUCGGCUGGUGCGCCAUCAACAGCAAGAUCCUGGUGCCGCCCCGGACCAUCCACGCCAAAUUCACCGACUGGAAGGGCUACCUCAUGAAGCGGUUGGUGGGCUCCCGGACGCUUCCCGUGGAUUUUCAUAUCAAGAUGGUGGAGAGCAUGAAGUACCCCUUCCGGCAGGGCAUGCGGCUGGAGGUGGUGGACAAGUCCCAGGUGUCUCGGACCCGCAUGGCCGUGGUGGACACGGUGAUUGGGGGUCGCCUACGACUCCUGUACGAGGAUGGCGACAGUGACGACGACUUCUGGUGCCAUAUGUGGAGCCCCCUGAUCCAUCCAGUGGGUUGGUCACGGCGUGUCGGCCACGGCAUCAAGCUGUCAGAGAGGCGCAGCGACAUGGCCCAUCAUCCCACCUUCCGGAAAAUCUACUGUGAUGCUGUUCCUUACCUGUUCAAGAAGGUUCGCGCUGUCUACACAGAAGGCGGUUGGUUUGAGGAGGGGAUGAAGCUGGAGGCCAUCGACCCCCUGAAUCUGGGAAACAUCUGCGUGGCAACCAUCUGCAAGGUUCUCCUGGAUGGCUACCUAAUGAUCUGUGUGGAUGGGGGGCCCUCCACCGACGGCUCGGACUGGUUCUGUUACCACGCCUCCUCCCACGCCAUCUUCCCAGCCACCUUCUGCCAAAAGAAUGACAUUGAGCUCACACUCCCAAAAGGCUACGACACACGCACUUUCAACUGGGACACCUACUUGGAGAAGACCAAGUCAAAAGCAGCUCCAUCGAGACUCUUUAACAUGGACUGCCCCAACCACGGCUUCAAGGUGGGCAUGAAGCUGGAAGCCGUGGACCUGAUGGAGCCCCGGCUCAUCUGCGUGGCCACGGUGAAGCGGGUGGUACAUCGGCUCCUCAGCAUCCACUUUGAUGGCUGGGACAACGAGUAUGACCAGUGGGUGGACUGUGAGUCCCCGGACAUCUACCCCGUCGGCUGGUGCGAGCUCACCGGCUACCAGCUCCAGCCACCUGUGGCCACAGAGCCAACCACACCUCUGAAGGCCAAAGAGGCCACGAAGAAAAGAAAGAAGCAGUUUGGGAAGAAAAGGAAAAGAAUGCCACCGACCAAGACGCGGCCUCUGAGACAGGGGUCCAAGAAGCCCCUGCUGGAUGAGGACCCACGGGCCACAGAGAAGGUCUCGGCGGGGGCUGCUCCCGAUGAGAUCAUCGCUGUGCGCGUGAAGGAAGAGCAUGUGGAAGCGGCCACGCCUGGCAAGGCCCUGAGUCCAGAGCUGCCUGUUUCCAUUGAGAACAUCAAACAGGAGGCAGACGACUGAGCCGCCCCUGCUGCCAGCCUGGCCACCGGGGCGGCCAGCGCAGGCUCCUCUGUCGCCACCUCCCUUCCACCCUCCUCAGUUUGGAGACUCAGCCUUUUUGCAUAAAUACCGCCUGGUGCUGAGGGCCCGGCACUGAAGGAUGAGCCGGGUCUCCUUUGACCUGCCUUGUGACCUCUGCCCUCUGGCAAGGCCUAGUGACUGGGGCUGCCUGGGGUCCCCACAUGGUCGGAGUGGCUCCCUCUCCAGCUGCAGUUCCUGAAGCUCUCCCUUCCAGUCGCCCCCUCCACACCCCUCAGCCGCCGGGGUUGGGGGCUGUGGCCUGGGCUUGCCACACUGCAAGACAAAACAGUGAAGUGUGCGUGCGCCUGUGUGUGCGGCCCAGCACGGCACAUAGAUAAAGGCCUGCAGCCGCUCUUGAGGGGGAGGCCUCGCCUGGUUGGGGUGAGUGGUGUGAUGGUCUGAACAUUUUACCAAGUGGCCUGUCUUGCCUCCUGGGCUGUGCUCUUUGCUCUCAGCUCCGCAGGGACAGCCAUGUCUGUCGGGCAGCUGAGAAGCAGUGACCAGGAUGUGGGUUUCAGUGGCUUGUGAGGCGUCCUUGACCUAUGUUCUAUGUUGGCAGGAGCAUCAGUUCCCAUUUCUAAAAGGGCAGAGGUGGGGUGUGCUCCCUGGCUGGGGGUUUGCAGGGACCUAGCGAGGGGAAGACCACGCCAGCCCGUGCCCCUGGGGGAGCAGCAGGUGUGGGAGCCCCACCUGAUUGGGAGACGACCUCCAGCCUCGAUCUGAACCUGCUCCAGAGGCCGGCUGGGGCCUGUCCUUGUCACUCCCCUUCUGUGAACCAGGGUCAGAGGCACAGGGCUGCGAGGGGAGUGUCAGCCCUUCUGGCGGAGGAGCCCGUGCAGGAGCUCCGGAAGCAGGGAGCAGGGGUAACAGGACACACUUCCUGGUUCCCUCUCCUCUGCUGUCCAAACCCUUAACUCCUUAACACGGGUUUCCCUGCUCCUCUCGGAAAUUACAUUCUAGUUCACCUCCUGUUUGCCCAAAUUAGUCUCCUUUGAAACUGUCUCCUUUCUGAUCAGUCCUGUCUCUUCAUUCGCUCCCCUUUCUGGAACCUAAGGCGGAAGCUGCAGGCCUCAGCCCUUUUCUUUCCUCUGCUGUGGGUAGGGAGCCGCACUGUCAGGGUCCACCUCUAAGGCACAGCUGUGCUGGCCCGGAGUCCAGCUGCCGCCUCUGAGCUGGUCAGUCAGGCUGCUGUGGCCUGUGUUUGACACACGGGGUGCUGUCUGCUUGCUCAGGGCCUGGCUAUGUGGUGUCAUCCCAGGGAUGGGUGAUCAGCCCAAGGGGAGCCAAUUUCCAGUCAGUGGAGAGAACGUGGUCUGCUCUCCUUUUCUGAAGGCAUUAGGCAGCCCCACACGGUGCAGAAACGAGCCCCAGAAAGCUUGUUGGUGCAGCCUGAUUUCUCCAAAAAGCGACUAGAUUUGCAAAUAGCGAAGGCCAAAAGCAGGGACAGACCUGGGUGUGACAGGCCUUGGCAUUCACCCCCAGGGACGAAGAUGGCCCAGGUGUUCCUGUGGCUUCUGGGGAAACUGGAAUCGUAUGACACUUUGGCCUUUAGUUCUUGAAUGAAGAAGUGACGCCUAUAGGUGCCGUGGGCACAAAAGCUCCUGACGGUGGAUUCUGACGGCGGAGCUGAAGGACAAGUUUAGCUGCCACUCAGGCCCUGGACUGGCCUCCCCAGACAGUGAGAUAAUGAAAUCCCUUACUUGCUGAAGUCCAGUUUGUCUGAUCUUUGUUCCUUACAGCAGCGUGUAUUCUGAUAUACCGCCUCAUAGUAACAAUUGCGAGGUGAGUUCACAUGUGAAGAAGCAAUAAAGAAUAAAUGGCACCUGUC